AUGCGGCCUCCUCAGCACCACGGCGCGGCUUUACUGGCGGGAGUGGGGGGAGGUGCGGCAGUCCCCUCGUACGCUCCCCCCGGAAGAGCCUUCUUCACGCCUCCUCUGCCGCCCGAGUACAAGAACCCCUUUGCUGACAAGCCUACACUCAGAGGCACAAACACAGAUGGGAAUAACUACCUUAAUCGGCGGCCAAUCCCCCCGCCGUCCCUCGGACCAGGACAUGACCGGAUACCUAUCAGACCGCCUGGACAGGAGACAUCCUCGCCACAAGUGCCGGCACCUCCGCCCGCACCCCCUCUGCCGCCGGCAGGCAUCGAGCCGCAGAAGAAGAAGGCUCUAAACACGCCUAGUCAUAAGCCUGACGAGUUGGACAGUGAUGUAAGGCAGCCAGACACAGACCAGGCCAACUUCACAGACUUCGUGCCCAAUUCGCUUAAUAUCCCGACCAUAUCAAGGAUCCUGUCGGGAUCCAACGGGAGGAAAGAAGACAUCCCUGACGUCCUCCUAAGGACCGUUACAGCGAAGCCUCAACACAAUCAAGAGAAGACGUCCAAGAAUGACAUGUACAUAACUAAAGAUGCUGGAGUGACUCUAAGUGACUCCAAUAGGGAUUCUUCAACUGAAGGAUCAGUUUUAGCUGUACUAGAUCCGGAAAUGAACAAUCUAGAUAGACCUUUAGUCAUAGAUCAAAAUGGCGAAACGAAUACGAGAAGAAAUCUCCAGUAUGCAACUAAUAAACAACCAGAUAGAAAUGAUAGCAGAAACGAGGAUUAUACGCCAGCUACUACCAUUGGAUUUGAACUAAAAGACCCUGAAAUGUCAACAGAGAGAUAUCACAACUUGGCCAAUGUUAAUUCAGAUAAAAAGAUUUUGAGACAGGAUCCAAAGAAUAACGGGCCAGUGCAGAGACCUGGAGCGGCCUGGCCCUUCGCUUGGAACCUCCAUAUUUAUUUAGCGACAGUCAUGUUUACUAUCUUGGCAGUCUACUCCAUAUUUAAAAUUUUCUGCUACAAUAAGUACACGCAUUUAUUUACCCAAAACUAUUUCAUAAUUCUACACUUAAUAUUAGUUCUCGUAUGUCUAUUGAGGAUCUUCUACAUGUGUUACGAUCCUUAUAACAUUAAUAAUUCCCUCCCCAAGUUCAUCAGCGAGAUUCUUCUGCACGUUCCAGAAAUUUUCCUCAGCACAGCGUUCGCUUGUAUCAUACUGUUUCUCCUUACAAAUAGCAUUAAUUUUAAGAAUACAUGCUGUGCAUUCCUCCUUCGUCCUAGGCUUAUAAUUAUAGGUGGCAGUCUUCACUUACUGUCGUGUUUAAUGUUGCAUAUCUUCGAAAGUAGUAAUACAAUAACUAGAAAUACGCACGGCGUUGAAAAGAGGGUAUUAGGUCUUACAUGUCAAAUAAUAUUUAUUAUAGUAUGCCUAACAUUGGGGCUAUGCUAUCUCUAUGUAUAUAAGAUGCUCAAAACAGUUCUACAGAAAAAGAGCCAUACUUACAUUAAUAGUUUCCAAAAUCUCCAGCAGGCGAUACAAAUCAAGUUAGCCACGGCCCUUCUCUUUAUCUUGAUGGCAGGCCUGCAAAUUUUUGGAAUCUUUGGCAUUAAUCAAGUAAACAUGACCAAGUUCGACUGGCUCCAAUGGGGCUAUCAAUUCUCUAUGAGGUUACUAGAAGUUAGCAUAGUAGCACUUAUCUCUUGGGUAAUAAGUUUGAAAGUAGGGAUCGCAUUGCAGCACGAAAAAGCUGACGGCCAUAAAAUAUCAGGGCUUGGUCUUUUCCCCUGCGGGGCCGGUUCCAGCAACGAACAAUUUGAAUCUGAUUACCCCGCAAUUUGUAAUACCAACACAAAUCUACACACUUACACGAUGAGAACUGGCAAGGCUCUUUACGAAAGUACUGGCCACCAUCCAAAUAUGCCAAUUAAUGAACCUUAUUGUGGCCCAGCCACAGAGCAUCCAAGGUUCCAGCUAAAUACACUGACUGGCAACUGCGAUAACAACUCUGGAACUGAGAACUACUCAGGACACAGUUCUAUAGCAAAUGCUGGACACAGCAGUUCCACCGAAUCCAGCAAUGCGACAUCCAGUCAGGGUGUGACUAAUCAUUUGAUGAAGCACCAUCCAAAUAUAGCUGGAUACAACGGCAUGGAAUCUGUAUCAGAUGAUCAUUAUUCUAAUUGCGAUCCUGCCAUUCAGUCUCUUCAAGGAGAUGACCCAUUGGACCAUGAAUAUAAUGUCAUCCAAUAUGAUAGCAACAGCGAUUUCGUUAGGGAUAUAAAGAACCAAAAUUAUAAUGGUAGUUCUAAUCGUAGCUCUCAUAACUUCAAACACAUGUCGUAUGACAGGGUGUCAUCGAGAACGAAUAGCAAUCCUCGUAAGAAGCAUAGAGCGAAGAACAAGAAUGUCCAGAAUUGUAUGACAAUGGGUUAUGACCCCUCAAUUGACCACCACUACCACCAGCCACAUGUGCCUGAUGAAUACGGAAAUUAUAACACAGAAAAUGCGUCUUACCACGCUUCUGGCAUCCAGACUCUAAACCCUAAUAGAAGUUACAGCAACGAUCCAUGCCAACAGAUCAGGAAUUCGCAGCGAAGAAAUUCUCCCUCGACAUCCAUGGGUAACUCCAGUGGAAGUCAGAAGCGUGGUAAAGGCAAUGGAUUUCCUGAUAGGCCGAAAUCUACUGAUUUAUAUGGGUUUUCAGAAACCCCUAACGAAAGAGGGUAUCCUUGUGCUUUGGGAGGUACUCCUCAACCAGCUCCUAGGAACUGCGGUUACGAGGCAUCGUACUCCCAACCUCAGGACGAAAUACCCAUUGAAAGCGAAGGGAACAGCAUGCUGGUGGCUGAAGACGGAUUCUUCAGGAUUCGUUCUAUGAAGGAACCGUCUCCGAAUUCUCAACCAUCACAUACCUGA